GGCGGUGGCGGCAUGAGCCGGCCCCCGCCGACUGGGAAAAUGCCCGGCGCCCCCGAGGCCGUGCCGGGGGACGCGGCGGGAGCGAGCCGCCAGAGGAAGCUGGAGUCGCUGAUCCGAGACCCUCGCUCCCCCAUCAACGUGGAGAGCUUGCUGGAUGGCUUAAAUUCCUUGGUCCUUGAUUUGGAUUUUCCUGCUUUGAGGAAAAACAAGAAUAUAGAUAAUUUCUUAAAUAGAUAUGAGAAAAUUGUGAAAAAAAUCAGAGGUCUACAGAUGAAGGCAGAAGACUAUGAUGUUGUAAAAGUUAUUGGAAGAGGUGCUUUUGGUGAAGUCCAGUUGGUUCGUCAUAAGGCAUCACAGAAGGUUUAUGCUAUGAAGCUUCUUAGUAAGUUUGAAAUGAUAAAAAGAUCAGAUUCUGCUUUUUUCUGGGAAGAAAGAGAUAUUAUGGCCUUUGCCAACAGUCCCUGGGUGGUUCAGCUCUUUUAUGCCUUUCAAGAUGAUAGGUAUCUGUACAUGGUAAUGGAAUACAUGCCUGGUGGAGACCUUGUAAACCUUAUGAGUAAUUACGAUGUGCCUGAAAAAUGGGCCAAAUUUUAUACAGCUGAAGUCGUUCUUGCUCUGGAUGCAAUACACUCCAUGGGUUUAAUACACAGAGAUGUGAAGCCUGACAACAUGCUUUUGGAUAAACAUGGACAUCUAAAAUUAGCAGAUUUUGGCACAUGUAUGAAGAUGGAUGAAACAGGCAUGGUACAUUGUGAUACAGCAGUUGGGACACCUGAUUAUAUAUCACCGGAGGUCCUGAAAUCACAAGGGGGUGAUGGUUACUAUGGGCGAGAAUGUGAUUGGUGGUCUGUAGGUGUUUUCCUUUUUGAGAUGCUAGUGGGGGAUACUCCAUUUUAUGCGGAUUCACUUGUAGGAACAUAUAGCAAAAUUAUGGAUCAUAAAAAUUCACUAUGUUUCCCUGAAGAUGCAGAAAUUUCUAAACAUGCAAAGAAUCUCAUCUGUGCCUUCUUAACAGAUAGGGAGGUACGACUUGGGAGAAAUGGGGUAGAAGAAAUCAAACAGCAUUCUUUCUUUAAGAAUGAUCAAUGGCAUUGGGAUAACAUAAGAGAGACGGCAGCUCCUGUAGUACCUGAACUCAGCAGUGACAUAGACAGCAGCAAUUUUGAUGACAUUGAAGAUGAUAAAGGAGAUGUAGAAACCUUCCCAAUUCCUAAAGCUUUUGUGGGAAAUCAGCUGCCUUUUAUAGGAUUUACCUACUAUAGAGAAAAUCUGUUAUUAAGUGACUCUCCAUCUUGUACAGAAAACGAUUCAGUACAAUCAAGGAAAAAUGAAGAAAGUCAAGAGAUUCAGAAAAAACUGUAUACAUUAGAAGAGCACCUUAGCAAUGAGAUACAAGCCAAAGAGGAACUAGAGCAGAAGUGCAAAUCUAUUAAUACUCGCCUUGAGAAAACAGUAAAGGAGCUAGAAGAAGAGAUUACCUUAAGGAAAAAUGUGGAAUCUGCAUUAAGACAAUUAGAAAGAGAAAAGGCCCUUCUUCAGCACAAAAAUGCAGAAUAUCAGCGGAAAGCUGAUCAGGAAGCAGACAAGAAACGAAAUUUGGAAAAUGAUGUUAACAGCUUAAAAGAUCAACUUGAAGAUUUGAAAAAAAGAAAUCAAAACUCUCAAAUAUCCACCGAGAAAGUGAAUCACCUUCAGAGACAAUUGGAUGAAAUGAAUGCUUUGCUGCGAACAGAAUCUGAUACUGCAGCCCGCUUAAGAAAAACCCAGGCAGAAAGCUCAAAACAGAUCCAGCAGCUGGAAUCUAACAAUAGAGAUCUUCAAGAUAAAAACUGCCUUCUGGAGACUGCCAGGUUAAAACUUGAAAAGGAAUUUAUCAAUCUUCAGUCAGCUCUAGAAUCUGAAAGGAGGGAUCGUACCCAUGGAUCAGAGAUAAUUAAUGAUUUACAAGGUAGAAUAUCUGGCCUGGAAGAAGACUUAAAGAAUGGCAAAAUCUUGUUAACAAAAGUAGAGCUGGAGAAGAGACAGCUACAGGAGAGAUUUACUGAUUUGGAAAAGGAAAAGAGCAACAUGGAAAUAGAUAUGACAUACCAACUGAAAGUUAUACAGCAGAGCUUAGAACAAGAAGAAGCUGAACACAAGGCUACAAAAACAAGACUAGCCGAUAAAAAUAAGAUCUAUGAAUCCAUUGAAGAAGCUAAAUCAGAAGCCAUGAAAGAAAUGGAGAAGAAGCUCUUGGAGGAAAGGACUUUAAAACAGAAAGUAGAGAACCUGUUACUGGAAGCUGAGAAAAGAUGCUCUAUAUUAGACUGUGACCUUAAACAGUCACAGCAGAAAGUAAAUGAGCUCCUUAAACAGAAAGAUGUGCUAAAUGAGGAUGUUAGAAACUUGACAUUAAAAAUAGAGCAGGAAACUCAGAAGCGCUGUCUUACACAAAAUGACUUGAAGAUGCAAACACAGCAAGUUAACACACUAAAAAUGUCAGAAAAGCAGUUAAAACAAGAGAAUAAUCAUCUCAUGGAAAUGAAAAUGAGCUUGGAAAAACAAAAUGCCGAACUUCGAAAAGAACGUCAGGAUGCAGAUGGGCAAAUGAAAGAACUACAAGAUCAGCUUGAAGCAGAACAGUAUUUCUCAACCCUCUACAAAACACAAGUUAGGGAACUUAAAGAAGAAUGUGAAGAAAAGACCAAACUUUGUAAAGAAUUGCAGCAGAAGAAACAGGAAUUACAGGAUGAAAGGGACUCCUUGGCUGCCCAACUGGAGAUCACCUUGACCAAGGCAGAUUCUGAGCAGCUGGCUCGUUCAAUUGCUGAAGAACAAUAUUCUGAUUUGGAAAAAGAGAAAAUCAUGAAAGAGCUGGAGAUCAAAGAGAUGAUGGCUAGACACAAACAGGAACUUACUGAAAAAGAUGCUACAAUUGCAUCUCUUGAAGAAACUAAUAGGACACUAACUAGUGAUGUUGCCAAUCUUGCCAAUGAAAAAGAAGAAUUAAAUAACAAAUUGAAGGAUGCUCAAGAACAACUAUCAAGGUUGAAAGAUGAAGAGAUAAGUGCAGCAGCUAUUAAAGCGCAAUUUGAGAAACAGCUGUUAACAGAAAGAACACUCAAAACUCAAGCUGUGAAUAAGUUGGCUGAGAUCAUGAAUCGAAAAGAACCUGUCAAGCGUGGUAGUGACACAGAUGUGCGGAGAAAGGAGAAGGAGAAUAGAAAGCUUCAUAUGGAGCUCAAAUCUGAACGUGAGAAAUUGACCCAACAGAUGAUCAAGUACCAGAAAGAACUCAAUGAGAUGCAGGCUCAAAUAGCUGAAGAGAGCCAGAUUCGAAUUGAACUGCAGAUGACACUGGACAGUAAAGACAGUGACAUUGAGCAGCUGCGGUCACAGCUCCAGGCCUUGCAUAUUGGUCUGGAUAGUUCCAGUAUAGGCAGUGGACCAGGGGAUGCUGAGGCAGAUGAUGGAUUUCCAGAAUCAAGAUUAGAAGGAUGGCUUUCAUUGCCUGUGCGAAACAACACUAAGAAAUUUGGAUGGGUUAAAAAGUAUGUGAUUGUAAGCAGUAAGAAGAUUCUCUUCUAUGACAGUGAACAAGACAAAGAACAAUCUAAUCCUUACAUGGUGUUAGAUAUAGACAAGUUAUUUCAUGUUCGACCAGUUACACAGACAGAUGUAUAUAGAGCAGAUGCUAAAGAAAUUCCAAGAAUAUUCCAGAUUCUAUAUGCCAAUGAAGGAGAAAGUAAGAAGGAACAAGAAUUUCCAGUGGAGCCAGUGGGAGAAAAAUCUAAUUAUAUUUGCCACAAAGGACAUGAAUUUAUUCCUACUCUUUAUCAUUUCCCAACCAACUGUGAGGCUUGUAUGAAGCCACUGUGGCAUAUGUUUAAACCUCCUCCUGCUUUAGAGUGCCGUCGCUGCCAUAUUAAAUGUCAUAAAGAUCACAUGGACAAAAAGGAGGAGAUUAUAGCACCCUGCAAAGUGUAUUAUGAUAUUUCAACGGCAAAGAAUCUAUUGUUAUUAGCAAAUUCUACAGAAGAGCAACAGAAGUGGGUUAGUCGGUUGGUGAAAAAGAUACCUAAAAAGCCUCCAGCUCCAGACCCUUUUGCACGGUCAUCUCCUAGAACUUCAAUGAAGAUACAACAGAACCAGUCUAUUAGACGGCCAAGUCGACAGCUUGCCCCAAACAAACCAAGCUAACUGCCUUCUGUGAAAGCAGUCAUUAUUCAAGGUGAUCAUAUUCUUCCAGUUAAAACAGACUGAAAUAUGACGGCCCAAAAUUUAUUAAAAAGCUAUAUUUUCCUGAGAGACUGAUGUAUAUACACAUACAUAUAAAUGUCCCCUUUUUUCCUUAGUAAAAGUUACAAAUCUUGGAGAGAUUUUCUGGGCUCCUUUGAAGUAACAAGUUGAACCAACAAUGAUUGGUAAUAGAAUAAGGAUAUCAUGUGCAACUCUUCCACACUUGUUCCAUAAAGCUCUCUUGGCAGUCAUUCACACUACAUUGCACAAAAGGAUUGAGAAGAGUUAAGGUUUGAAGAGAUCGUCUUUUCUGCUUCAACAGAGAGAUUUCACCAGCACAUUUACCAGAAGAAUCUGAGGAUGGAUUGUACUACAGUGAUAUUGACGACAUCUUUAAGAAGUGACCAUUAUAUACACACACACAUAUAUAAAGUACUGUAACACUGCAAGAGGGUUUUUUAAACUUCCCCACUUUAUUUUUUUAUACACAUUAAUCAGAUAUCAUUACUUACUGCGGUUGCAACUAUGCACUUGUAUAAAGCCAUAAUGUUGGAGUUUAUAUCAUUCAUGUGUACCUGAUGGAAGCUGCAUGUUCAUGUUUAAGCAGUUACUGUAACAAGAAGUUUGAAGUUAAUUAUUAUCAGUUUCCUAAUGCUUUGUGAUAGGCAACUUUACCCAUUUUGAAUGCCUUAAUUUAAUUUUUUUUCAGUUUCAGCCCUUUUCUGUAUUUAAAAAAACAAAAACAAACAAAAAAACUAGUGUUUACCAGCUCUUAGGAUUCAAACUUGCUUUGUGGAGGAAAAAUAGUGCAUUAUUUUUACACAUAACAAUUAUAUCAAUGUCAGCCUAUUUUGAUGGUAUAACAAAAAAUUUUUAACGUAUUGGUCAUAGAAACAAUAAUGGAUAGUAUUGGAACUAAUAUAUCUUUGAUGUAUAUCUGUUUUUCAUCCAGCCCUUUUUACAGACCUCAGUAUUAGUCUGUGACUACAAAAUAUUUUUUGCUUUGAAUUUGCUGGCUACCCUAGAUGUGUUUUUAUUUCUGGUAAAGAUAUUUGUGACUAUUUUUACAUUUUCACACUCAAGAUUCAAAUAUUGUGUCAAAUAUAGAGAAAACUAAGACAUACUGUAGAUAUAGAUAUAUUUUAAAUAUUUAAAUGUGAUCCUCAGACACACAACUAUAUGGCAAUAUUUCAGUACUGGGUUAGGAAAAUUGGUAACUGGGAAGAAUUGGCCUCAAAGGCACUUAAUUUUAUUUUUACUUUUUAAAUGCUGUUAAAAUUACAAUUUAUGCAGGACCAUUUCUGCUAUAUUUCUCACUAUCCCAGAUAAGUAUAUGUUUUAUACCACAACAGUAUGCAGCAAUGAUAAGCAUCAAGUUUUUUUAAAAAAAAUUAUGUAUUCUUUUAUCAGUCUCUCAAUAUACAUACACACAGUUUGGUAUGUUAUUGAAAUAAAUCAUCUAAUAUUUCAAUGAAGGAAGUAGACAUUUUUCAUUGAUCCCUUCUAGGGUCACUGUAGAGAUGUUUAAAGAGUUAGAUCCCCAUUAUAGAUAUUAUUAGGGAAACUGAAGAGUGGCUGUUGGCCUACUGAUGUAUUGAAACUGCAUUUUGUUAUUCUGACAUUAUCCAGUCUGCGCUCAUUUUCAUGCCGUCUGUGCUGAAACUAGAUGUGCAUGCCUUUUCCCUUGCAGGUAUGUUCUGCAGUUCUGGUUUUGGGUGACAGCUUUUUUUUUUUUAAGAUUAAAAAAUGAAAAAUAUAUAAAAUUUAUAUAGAAUAAAUAUUUCCAUUCAGUAGAGUUGUUAAAAGGAGACUGAAUUAAUAUUUUAUAUAAAGAUUUUGUUACACUAUGGGAGGUUCUAUCCUAUUAUUCUGAAUUGGAGAGUAUAUAUAUAUAUUUUUAAUAAACUUUAUUAAGGUGAAAUAAUUUCACGUUUACACGUGAGUAACUGAAAUAUUUGAGUUAAAAAGGCAAAAGUUUAAAUUUUGAAUGCUGUAUAUAUUAGAGAAUAUGGAGAAUCAUGGUGUGAUGCAACUGCACAGGAAACUUAAUGUGAAGUAUUUUGGAUGAGAAAUUCUGAGGGGUGAAAAAAAUCUCUCCCAUGGAGAUGCUUCACUUUAUAUGGUUGGACUUAAGGGUUUAUAAAGGUUGUUUGUCCAAAUAAUGGAAAUGUGCUUAAUAAAAAAUUCUUACCUUGGGUAAAAAUUUGCUUUUUACCCCAUUGCCGUUUUCAUAUACAUACAUGAGUGCACGCACCUAUCCAUGUGUUAUUUUCCCCAACACUCAUUAAAUAUGAAACAACCUGAUUUUGUGCCAGUUUCUUGUUAUCUUGGGGCCCCAAAGCUUCCAAGGUAAAUACAAGACCAAACAUUGCUUAUUCUUCACACCUGAUUUCUCCUAGAGCCAUAAAUACCUCCUACUGGGAACUAAGAAACAGUGAAUACUGGGAUUUUCUUAGUUGGAUUUCACUUCUUUUGUGGGGAUUUGGGGACAGAAGUAGAAGGAAAACUGGUGCCGGUAUUACUGUUGAAAAUUUAUGUAGUGAAUUUUUUUAAGUAUUAAUUUUUUAAAAACAUGCUAUCUAGGAGCAAGAUUUAAAAAAUCUGAAAGUUUGAAUUGCUCUAGCUAAUUGACAAGUAUGCCAAGAAAUCUAAAAGAAAGAUUAGUGCUUUUAAAACUAACCUAUGCUAGAGUUUCAUGAACCUGGCUCUGAGGGAUCUACUUUGCAUCAUUUUAUCUGUAGAUCCUAAACAAGAAGUACUCUAGGUUGCCAAACCACAAUUUAAGAAGUUAUGCUGCUGCUGUUAAUCUAUUCUUGUAGAAUUCUGGUGGUCAAAUAGAGAAAGUCAGACACAACGUUAACCUUGUUGAAAUGUGCUUUAAAUAACAUGUUUAAAAUCUGAUUAGAGCAAAUCACUUCUGAGUUUCUCAGUCUGUGUUGACACUGCUACUGACUCACCUCUUUCCCUGGAAUAAGGUUUUUGUUUCCUUAUGUUGUGAAGAUACCAGAAUUGAUCUGUAAAGCACUUUGAAGAUAAGCACUGUCUGACAGUGCAGAAUAUUAUGCUUGGGGGACCUCUCCUUGAUUCUCUUCCCCAUAAUAAUGAGUUUUAUUUGGGAUUGUAAUAAGUUAUGAACUGCAUGGUUUAGAUAAUCAUAAAUAUUUGAUCAGCUGUCCCCUCUGAACAAAAAUCAUAUCCCCUUGAUUUUUCAUUUUUAAAUUUUGUUGCAUCUUUCUAGUAAUGUAAUUGUAUUUUAUGCCUGCUUUUUAUAAAAAAAAAAUUAAAUAAAAAUUAAGACAUAAGCA